CCCACCCCACCCCCCCGGGGGGGUCUCCUCCUCAUUCAUCACUUCAAUAAAUAUAGAGCCAUCCUUUCACAUUUUCCUUCUCCUUCUUAUACUGCUCCUUUUGCUUUUGCUUUUACUCCCACCGACGCAGCGCCUGUCUUCGCGCGUAAAUAAAUACACCAGCUGUUUUUACUGCUUCUUGAGUUGGACUGAUAGUUUAGUCGGUGGUUGGUGGAUCUGACGGCGGUGAUUCCUGUAGCUGCCGAAAGGAUGUCGUCGGGAAGGUACAUGGCCUACUCACCAUCGCCGUCCGCUCCUCACUCUCCGCAUAUCGGCGCCGCUUCUGCUCUAGUGGAGCAGGAAAAGUAUCUCUCAGAGUUGCUGGCAGAACGUAACAAACUCAGUCCAUUUAUUGCUGUGCUGCCAAAUAGCUAUCGUCUACUGAAUCAGGAAAUAUUGCGUGUAACUACACUGUUGGGGAAUGCAUCAGUUUUAGAACAAAGUGGGCUUGAACAUGCAAGCCCCCUGGCUUCAGGAGGAAUAUAUUCAAAUGGAGGAGCUAACAUGAACAGAUGGGCAUCACCAUUUCAAUCAGAUUUGUCCAGUAUGAUGCAACCAUCUUCUGUACAGAACUGGCUUGGUUCCCAAGGUAGCUCAUCAGGUCUUAUAGUCAAGCGAACAUUAAGGGUUGACAUUCCAGUUGAACAAUAUCCAAAUUAUAAUUUUGUUGGGCGCCUCCUUGGCCCUAGAGGGAACUCUCUGAAACGAGUCGAAGCAACAACUGAUUGCCGUGUGCUAAUUAGAGGGCGUGGUAGUAUCAAGGAUCCAGUGAGGGUAAUUGGGAUAUGGCCUUUAUCAUUGUCCCAGAUUGAAGAGAUGAUGAGGGGGAAACCAGGAUAUGAGCACCUUAACGAACCUCUUCACAUACUUGUUGAGGCAGAACUGCCAGUUGAGAUAAUUGAUGCCCGUCUAAUGCAGGCACGCGAGAUACUUGAAGAUUUACUCAAGCCAGUGGAUGAAUCUCAAGAUUUUUAUAAGAAACAGCAGCUACGAGAAUUGGCUGUGCUCAAUGGUACACUUAGGGAAGAAGGCUCUCAAAUGUCUGGUUCUGUAUCCCCCUUCCACAACAGCCUUGGAAUGAAGAGAGCAAAAACUAGGGGGUGAGAUACGGGCUAAAUGUUCAUCUGUGCCUCUGAACAGCAGUCCCAUAACACAGGUUUUCCUGUGUCAGUCAAUGCCUCUAACUGCCAUCGGGACACUGGUCCUGUUGAGUGCCAGUUCGAUGAGGUGUGCUUUUGUUAUACUUUGGAAGAUUUACUAGCAGUAUAUUGUUGGUCAGAGUUUGAGAUUAUAUAUGCUUUGGGCAGUUUGGUCAGGGAGUAUUCUCCCUCCAACCACUGUUGUAUUAUUUCAUUUUUUGUAAGCUUGUAAUGGAGUUGUAGUAUUAUGGGAAUUUGUAAGUCAUAAAAUGUGAUUUUUAUAGUGUCAAGGCCGAACUGAUUUGUUCUAAAUCUCCGGCUUGGAUUGUACUCAACGUAGAAUUAUGAUCACAAACACUGUUUAAUUAUUCUUUCUUGAUAUGAUGUUGAAUGAAUCGAUUUUCUUUUUGCUAA